AGAAAAGUUAACUUCUUUCACCAAACUAAACGCUUCAAAGACGAAAGAUCUGUAAGCACUUCGUGCUCUAAUUAUCUGUUAUGACUGCAUUGUGGAUAUGCAUUGUCUUCUUYAUUGGUCUGGUAGCAAAUACAGCUGACUGCUGCAAUUCGCCGUAUCCUUACUACAAUCGGGGCUGCAACUUUGACUCGAGAUCAUUCUGCUCUUGGGAAAAUGACAGAUAUCGCGACAUCAAAUGGAGCUUGAAAAAAGGAAAAGGACCAAAACUAUCAGGAAAAGUCUAUGCCUUCAUCAAUUCAUCUGAAGAGCUAUUUUACGACCAGAGAGCAGUCUUGUUGAGUACAAUAAUAGAGGGACCAUUCACAAUGACGUUUUUCUAUCGUAUGUAUGGUAACGCUGUUGAGAAGCUCACUGUGACAGCUACGACCUCGSAGACGAAUUAUAAAGAGUCARAGGUAGUAUGGGGACGUUAUGGCAACCAAGGARAAGACUGGAAAAAAGGCUGUGUUAUAUUUCACAAACAUUACAUGAGAUAUAAGGUUUCUUUCGAGGCGACCAUUGGCUCAAACAACAGUUCCAAUAUUUACUUGGACGAAGUUAAWAUGCUAAGUAGCAAAACAGGUUGCAAGAAAAUAGAAAGUGGCAUUAAAUURCCAAGCAAAAAGUAUUCAGCAGCAAAUUGCACUUUCAAUGGACACUUAUGUGGAUGGAGAAUUCUUCAGAAUAAGAUGACCGGUGAUGGACUGCUAUGGACAAUUGGAGGAAAAAUGGUCUUCAAUAAUUUCAACAACGAAUCAAAGGGAUACGAAAGCAGCUAUGUGUACACAACCAUAUUAAGCAACCCAACUUUGGCAAACAAUCGAAMUCUAUCAAGCAAUCGUAGUUUACAAAACAAUGGAAGCUUGGUAKGSAAUGGAACUUUACCAAAACAAAGUUUGGCGAGUAAUGGAAGCUUUACAAACAAUGAAAUCCCAGCAUGCAACGAAAGCUUUGCGAUCAACGAAAACCUGACCAGAAACAAUGAAAGAAAGAAAGCAUACCUUAUUAGUCCUCAAUUGAAGUCCCCACAUUGCAUKAACUUAACAUAUCAAAUCUAUGGAAACGGUAGUUCCCUUGAGGCUGUAAUGCUUAGGCAAGGGAGAUCACCAGUCUUCUAUAAAGCAUGGAAGCAUUUUGGUCGUACGAACAAAAUUAGCUCCAUAAGAAUUAAUUUACACUAUGGUGGCCCAUACCAGGUGCUGAUUAUUGGCAAGCCGUCUCUGUAUUUUGAGAAGGACAUMCUUUUAUACAAUGUGACAUUCCUAAAAGAGAUUUGCACAGAUGAUCAAAUUUCUGCGGAAGCAAACUGUGAUUUUGAGGAAAAUAUGUGUAUGUGGAGCAAUGAAAGGAAAGACGACUUUGAUUUGGUACGAGUUUCAAACAGCCAUGCAUGGUCCAAGUACAGCAGAUCAUCAUAUCUCUCUGCUAAUGUGAAGGGAACAGUGGCUGGUCAAAAAGCUCGCAUUUUAAGCAUCUGGAUGAAUGGAAGCCAAUGUAUGCAGUUUUUGUAUUAUAGCUACGGAACCAAUAACAACACAAUAGGUGGAGUCAUCAUCUAUGCAAGAACAACACGUCGACAAAAUCCACUAUUGGCUAGAUAUAGAAAUAAAGAUGAAUGGCAAACCAUUGAGGUUCAAUUUAACAGCAUAUUGCCUUAUCAGUUUGUAAUUGAAGUAACAAGAAACAAGUACGAUCAUGCAGGGGACAUAGCAUUUGAUGACAUUUCACUGAGACGAGGAAAGUGUAACAAAACAGAGAUGCUAUCAUAUUCGCUAUCUACAAAUGGGCAUUCAUACAGCAUUUUAAAACACGACCUGCCUUUAAACGUUAAUGGCUUCUUCAAGAUAUUAAAGUUUCAAAUUAAAAGAUCAAUGGCCAACCAAAGCGGAAAGCUAAUCUGUUUAUACAACCGAGGAACAUCCAGUCACAAUGUCAUAUCGACCACUUUAUCUAUUGACCAUAUCAACUUCCCAUUGGACUGCUUUCAUGAGGAUGUCAAUGCCAAUAAAAAGAACAUUUACAUGUUUACGCAGCAAUCUGCUGACAGAUACGAGAUCCAUCAGGACAUUACGUCUAACAGCAGAUGCUGUAACUGGAAACUUGAAAAGAUAGCAGUGCACAACUCUACUAAACUUGAAACAAAUGAUUCAUCGGCAUGUGAUCAAGGCUGGUAUCGAGUAGGUAAUUCAUGCUUACUAAUAAUCAUUAAUGAUCGCAUUAAUGGAUGGCAUCAACAUGGAAAACGCUGCAUGGAAGUCAAUAGCAGAUUGGUAUCUUUCCAAAGGCCAAACGACCUAGAAUCAAUGUCAGGUCUGCUACAGAAACUAAAUCUCCCGAAGUACAAAUUCUUCUCAGGGUAUUCAGUACAAGUAACAUGGCGAUGGCUUGAUGGGGAAGUCCUUCUUUCUGAUUUCUGGAAAUAUCAUAGCGGACCUUCAUACAAACAUAGACAUUGUGUAUAUUUCUCCAGAGGUUUUUUGUAUCCUUCURAUUGCAAAUACAGGAGAAACGUUCUCUGUGAAGACACAGUUGGUCAGCCACGCCCAAUGGCCGUCUAUCCAAUGAGCGCAGAAAGCGGUGUUAAAGAGGCAAGUUCCGACCGUUACAGUUAUCUUCUUACCGGAAAAAUAACAUCCAUGGUAUUUCGGCGUGGUCCGUUCGACGAUAAGAAAGGUUCCAUUGUCGUAAAUGGCUCUUCAGGAAGUUUUGUUAGCAUUCUUAAUCGAGGAUACCUGAACACACAAUUUUCGUUUACCAUAAGCUUAUGGAUCUUUCAAGAAGAAAACACCUCUGGAACAAUAAUUUGCUACAAAGACGGCUUAGAAAUGUCACUUUCCCACAGACAUCUCAUAGCGAAAUUUGUAUUUAAGAGAUACAAAUCAGAAACGCUAAAAAUCUUUGGACUUCAAAAUGGUAUCUGGAAUUCCGUGGGUUUUUCCUAUGAUUAUAUGACAGGAAAAGCAAAAGUGUGGAUUGGUAACACCACAGUGUCACGGAGCGUAGGAGAGCAAAAAGAACUUGCAACAACCAAGGGAUUGCGCGUCGGUGCAUCAUUUACCAAUGAUACUAAGGGAUAUUUUACUGGUAGAAUAUCUGAUUUAAGAAUCUACGAUUAUGCUUUGUCACACAGUCAAAUUGUAAAUUCAAGAAAAGUCAAAGCGAAAAAAGGAAUGUUUGCAUGCCGUGCUGGCUUUAUUGGAGUGCGUGGCAAGUGUUUUUACGUAUCGCGUCGCUUUGCUAAUUAUAAAUACUCCUCAAAAUACUGCAAAUCCAUUGGUGCAGCUCUGGCCAAGAUAGACAGGGAAUAUGUAAGAAAUGGUCUCAAUCGAUAUUUUCGAUAUGGAUAUUAUUGGAUUGGACUUAAAAAAUACUAUGAAUGGCAUGGUUCCGAUGGGACUGCUCUUCAAAUGAAGACAUGGAAAACAACUCACCCUUAUGUCGCAAUUCGUCCAGGCAACUCUAACUUGGAAAACGUCGAUGGAAAUUCCAAAUACACAGGAGCAGUGUGCCAGAAAUAUGAACGUCAGCCACGCCCAAUGGCCGUCUAUCCAAUGAGCGCAGAAAGCGGUGUUAAAGAGGCAAGUUCCGACCGUUACAGUUAUCUUCUUACCGGAAAAAUAACAUCCAUGGUAUUUCGGCGUGGUCCGUUCGACGAUAAGAAAGGUUCCAUUGUCGUAAAUGGCUCUUCAGGAAGUUUUGUUAGCAUUCUUAAUCGAGGAUACCUGAACACACAAUUUUCGUUUACCAUAAGCUUAUGGAUCUUUCAAGAAGAAAACACCUCUGGAACAAUAAUUUGCUACAAAGACGGCUUAGAAAUGUCACUUUCCCACAGACAUCUCAUAGCGAAAUUUGUAUUUAAGAGAUACAAAUCAGAAACGCUAAAAAUCUUUGGACUUCAAAAUGGUAUCUGGAAUUCCGUGGGUUUUUCCUAUGAUUAUAUGACAGGAAAAGCAAAAGUGUGGAUUGGUAACACCACAGUGUCACGGAGCGUAGGAGAGCAAAAAGAACUUGCAACAACCAAGGGAUUGCGCGUCGGUGCAUCAUUUACCAAUGAUACUAAGGGAUAUUUUACUGGUAGAAUAUCUGAUUUAAGAAUCUACGAUUAUGCUUUGUCACACAGUCAAAUUGUAAAUUCAAGAAAAGUCAAAGCGAAAAAAGGUGAGCUCGAAGCUAGUAAAUCUAUCAUUAUUAGUUUAUGUAAAKUUUAUGCGUUACGUUGA